GAUGAGUCAUGAAAACCCUGGAUGCUUGAUUCAAAACGGCCUGACAAGCUCGGAGGGCUAAUUACUCUUGACUGGGUCUUGAUCCAACCGCGUCGAUGGGCCCAUUGCAACCCCGUCGACUGUGGCUAUUACACACUCCAGGCUUUUGGUCCAACAUUAUCUGAUAAUUGAUGAUAAAAAACGAUGUCGGCCAGAGCUGAAAUCUCUGCCCUGCGACGGUUUCGUUUAUUUCCACUUUAUCCCAACUAUUCACGUGAAUAGAAGCGUAGAUCAUUCGAUCUGCGUUUUUUUUCACCAGUGUCUUGGCACGAUCAUCACUCCAACAUCAGAGUUCUUUCUGUUCGGGAGAUUCCGCAUGACACAAAGUCUAGUUCUCCGGGAGGUACAUGCCUUGCAGUACUGACAGUGUUCACCAUCUUCCCUCAUGUGUUUCAUAGCAACAUCAUGGUUUCGCGGAGGACCAUGAAUACGUCGAAUGCUUUGAUACUUGGAUUUACUUAGACGCUUCGUAUAUCCAUUGAAUACGCUGUCAAGAGAUGCGCAGGACUUGGCGCAAAGACCCUCGUCCUUGACCUUGACCCAUCGAUUGGCUCCCGUCGAAAGUUCUUAAACGUAGAACCGAUGUCAGUCGGGUGCAGGGCAAGCCCAGGUCUCCCUCAGUGACGGCUGUUUCUGAUUCUGGUCCUCUAUAAGAUCCUUCACCUGCUACUGAGCUCUGAUCUCCUCCGGGCGCCAGUGUCAGUCCUCGUUUUUCUACCCAUCUCCAUGUCUAUCAUGUCUGGUUGUUACAUGGUGUUUCGACCAGCGGCGACGGAUUCGAGAAGAAUCCCACACAGACAUAGUGUUUGAUGGAAAAUGCCUAUCGGUCCAUACGCUUAGUAUUGAUAACUCGGUCGACUGGCGCAUUUCUCAACGAGCAGGAGUGGAAUUUCUGUCGACGUCUGCGCUAAAGUUUGCACAUUAAUGGGCUGAGAUCCCAAUUUCCGGGUCAAUCUCGCACCAUGAGACCACCUCGUCGCGAACGGUGAAUUGUUCCUAAAUUCGGAAGAGGCAGUCGCCCAAUCGCGAGCAACUGAACUGUUACACGCAACGCAGCAGAGAACGAGUGCUUUCGGGCCUCGAGGACGCCCAACUCACGGCCCAUGGAAGCAGCGUUGAGGAUGAUUCUGCUGAUGCCGUGCACCUUUGCUUGCUGGGAGAAGGAAGGGUGAGGGCCGGCAAUCAGAAGUGUCCCGGCAGGCGAGAACAAUCAAGCAUUCGCUUCCUCAGCAGGAGGAAGAGGAAGCAUGACAGUGGGCAACGGGAGGAGCGAGACGAAUGGUACCAAUGGAACCAAUGGGCUCAAGGAGCCUCUUCUCCAGCAGGAGAAGAUUCAUGAACGUGAGCCACCAUCGCCAGUUGCGGAGGUCACGGCCUUCGAGAAGGCAGGGUUUUUCAGCGGUGUCUGGUUCUUAUGGCUGUCGCCGUUCCUCAAGAUCGGGGGCACGAGAACGCUGGAGCCCGGGGACGUGCCAGAGCUGGCCGGGGGCGAUCGAGCACAGGAAUUGUACCAGCGGUUCGACACCGAGUGGCAGAAGCUCGAGCGCAAGCCCAACUCGCUCAGGAACGCACUGAUCAAGACCUUCGGAUGGAAGCUGGCGCAAUGCGGCAUCCUGGCCCUGAUCAAAGUGAGCGUGGCGUACGUGGGGCCUGCGCUGAUCGCCAGCUUCAUGAACGUGGUCGCAGGCAAUCAGCGAUUCCCGUACGAGGGAUACGUUCUCGUUUGCGUCCUGAUCGUGGCCAAAAUCGUCGAGGCCACCAACAUCCAUCUCUUGAGCUUCCACAGCCAGCUGCUGGGGAUGCAGGUCCGCUCCGCCAUCAUCAGCGUGGUGUACCGCAAGAGCUUGAGGCUGUCGAGCUCAGCUCGUGAGAGCUACGGGGCUGGGCAAAUCGUGAACCUCAUGUCGGUCGAUGCGGAGAACAUGGCGGCCGUCUGUAUGUGGCUGCACUACAUCUGGGCUGUUCCCCUGCAACUGUGCGUGGCAGGAUUUAUCGUGUACCCCGUCCUGGGGCUAGGAAGCGUGGCAGGGUUCGUGGCUCUGCUCGUGUCUGGAGUAUUUUCCUACAUUUUCGUCUCCCUGUGCAGGCAGUACCUGAAUAAGUACAUGAAAUUCCGAGACGUGAGGGUGCAAGCGCUGGUCGAGUCGCUGAAUAACAUGAAGAUCAUCAAGCUGCAGGCGUGGGACGGCAAAUUCUACGACAAAGUGGCCGACGCUCGAGGCCUCGAGUUCGGGCAGCUCGUGAACUACACCAUGGCCGUGGCGCUGGCCGUCUUGGCCAGCUGGGUCGCGCCGAUCGUCUCGUGCCUGGCCGCCUUCAGCUUCGCGGUGUACCUGGGCCAGACCAUCAGCGCCAGCGCUGCCUUCACGACCAUUACCAUCGGCCGGAGCUUCCAGGAGCUGCUCCGCCUGUUUCCCAACCUCGCAUUCACGCUCGCCCAGAGCCUCGUCUCCCUGGCCAGAUUAGAACGGUAUCUGCUCAGCGUGGAGCUCGAGGCAGACGCCGUCGAGAGGCUGCCCCUCGGCUCGUCCUACAGCGCUGUGAGCGUCGAGAAUGGCUCGUUCAAGUGGGACGGCGACGCCCAUGCGCCGAUUCUCCACAACAUUAACGUGGACAUCGACCGAGGCUCUCUGGUUUUCGUUGUGGGCAAGGUGGGAGCUGGCAAGAGCUCCUUCUUAUCCGCCUUACAAGGAGAGAUGUUCAAAAUAUCGGGCAAGGUCACCACGUGCGGAUCGACUGCCUGUGUUGCGCAAACGGCGUGGAUACAGAAUGCAACGAUCAGGGAGAACAUUCUGUUCGGUCGACCUUUGGACGAGGAGAGAUACGAGCUCGUUUUAGAAAGAUGCGCAUUGUAUCCAGACCUGGCUCAGAUGACAUUUGGAGAUCAGACUGAAAUUGGGGAACGAGGCCUAAAUCUCAGUGGAGGACAGAAACAGCGCAUCCAGCUCGCUCGUGCUCUUUAUCAAGACUGCGAUAUCUACCUCCUCGACGAUGUCUUCAGUGCUGUAGACGCCCACACGGGCUCGCACCUUUUCAAGGAAUGCGUGCUCACAGCGCUGGCCGAGAAGACAGUCUUGCUUGUUACGCAUCAGGUUGAAUUUCUACCAAAGGCGGAUUUGGUCCUGGUACUGCGGGAUGGUCAGAUCGUGCAGGCAGGCAAGUACGAGGAGCUCUUGGGAAAGGGAACAGACUUGGAGGCAUUGGUUCUGGCUCAUAGAGAGGCCUUGGAGAAAGUAGAUGGACGUGAGGAGAACGGGAAAGAACAGAAUCAGGGCUACGAAGAUUUCACGAGACUAAGCACGGGCCACGGGAGCAAAGCGAAUGGGAAUUCUGAGGCUGGUGCUCGACGAGAUGCGCAGGACAUAAAUGAGGACGGCACUGAUGGGAAGGGAAGGGAAGGAGAAGUGGCCCGUCUCGUGGAAGAUGAACACAAGGAAUCCGGUAGAGUGAGCUUCCGUGUGUACUGGAAAUACAUGACCAGGGUGGCAUAUGGCCUCCUGGUUUUGGCGAUGGUGAUCCUUCUGGCCAUAGGGCAAGUGGCUCAAAUCGGUGGUGAUUACUGGGUCUCCAUGAGUGCGAAUUACCAAGAGGGUGAUUACGCUCAGGCACUGAAUUUCAUCUUCGUUUAUGCAGCAUUCUGCUUUUUGAAUCUCUUCUUCAUGGGAGCAAGACCCAUCCUCUCGGGGAUCGUGGGACUGCUUGCUUCGCAGAGCUACUUUUUCGGAUUCCUGAGAAGCGUGUUCCGCGCACCCAUGUCCUUUUUCGACAUCACUCCAACCGGCAGAAUUUUAAGCAGAGCCACGACGGAUCAAGGUGUGGUCGAUUGGUUCAUUCCUAAUAUAGCAUUCGCAUUUAUCGCCGGCGCGAUUCAGCUCAUAGGAAGUCUUGUAGUCACCGGCUUAACAGUCUGGCCGGUCUUGGUCACCGUGAUCCCUCUGUUCCUUUUCGUCAGAAACACUCAACGUCAUUAUUUACGGUCCUCGCGAGAGUUGACGAGGAUGGAUGGGCUAACAAAAGCACCUAUGAUCAACCAUUUUUCUGAGACCAUAUCCGGGUUCUCUACAAUCCGAUGCUUCAAAGAGCAGGAGAGGUUCAUCGAAACUAAUAUCCAGCGCAUUAACGCUAACUUCAAAAUGGACUUCCAUAACUAUUCGUGUAUGGAGUGGCUCGGAGUACGGUUGGAACUAGCGGGAGCUUGUUACAUAGCUUCCACCGCCCUGCUUCUUAUCAUGGCGCCAUCUGGCCUUCUCGCUCCCGAGAAAGUGGGGUUGGCCUUAACCUACUCCUUGACUCUGAAUCUGGUAAUCUACAGCAUCGCUUGGUUUAGCUGCAGCCUGGAGAACAAGAUGAUCUCUGUUGAGCGUCUGCAGCAGAUCUCAGAGCUUCCAAGCGAGGCUGAGGUUCACAGAAAGGACUCUGAACUUCCGCUGGACUGGCCGAUCACGGGCAGCAUCGAGUUGGAGAAUCUUAAGUUGCGCUAUCGACCGACUCUUCCGCUGGUUUUGAAAGGAAUUUCUCUGAAGAUCCGAGGUGGCGAAAAGGUUGGAGUAGUAGGCAGAACUGGGAGUGGAAAAUCGACUCUCAUACUAGCUCUGUUCCGAUUGGUCGAAAGCUCUGGUGGUCGAAUUCUGAUUGAUGGAAUCGAUAUAAGCACCAUAGGACUUCAUGACCUUCGCUCCAGACUGAGCAUCAUCCCACAAGAUCCUACGCUAUUCGAUGGAACUGUUCGGAACAAUCUGGAUCCUCUAGAGCAGCAUUCAGACGACGAAAUAUGGCAAGCACUGGAGAAAUGUCAAUUGAGUACAGCAGUAAGUCAGCUUGAAAAUAAGCUCGACUCCAUAGUGACAGCAAACGGAGAGAAUUGGAGUGUGGGGCAGAGGCAACUCUUCUGCUUGGGACGCAUACUUCUGCGAAAGUCACGAAUUUUGGUGUUAGAUGAGGCCACUUCUUCUGUAGAUACGGAGACUGAUGCUGUGAUGCAGAAGAUUCUGCGCCAAGAUUUUGCAGACUGCACCGUCAUUAGUAUUGCUCAUCGGAUACCUUCCGUCAUGGAUAGCGACAAAGUAUUAGUUCUAAAUGGAGGUAUUGUGAAGGAAUUUGACUCACCUUCGGCACUUCUGGAGCAGCCCGCUUCUUUAUUCUCUGCCCUUGUCGCUGAGUAUUCUGCACGAGCCGAAACCUAGCGACACCAGCUUUUGCUCUCCCUCUAGGUACCUUGAAGCCGUGGAUGGAUAAGGAUGGCAACAACUUGUCCAUCCAUUUAAUGAUCGAAUUAAAGAUUGAAAUCCACAUCAAUAGUAGUAGUACUGGUCCGUCGAACUUUCUGUACAUCAGAUAAAUGAAGCUGUCAAUAGCCGAUAUCAACCCGUCCGACAUGAUUCUUUGUAAUGCUGCUCGAGUUAUCUGCAACGAUAUUGCGAUGAAAGAGGCUGCGGAUAUCCUAUGUUACACCUCCCGGUGAAUCCGGAAAUUUGUCUGACUUUGGGCACCACAAGGCGCAAUUGCGUUCCAGCUCACUUUUCUAUUAGAGAGAUCUUUGCCACUGUCGGCGCAGCUGCCGCAAUCGAUAUCCCUGGCCUUGUAAGAAGGAUUUGUCUCUUCUGCAUUCCUUGUUCUUUUCUACUGAAAAUUUUGUGAUUCUAAUCAGCUAUGACAAGUGGUUCGGAAA